UUAAUUUCCCCAAACCCCAAAAAUCCAAAUAACCAAAAUGGAGAUUCCAUCGGCAGACACCGGAAUCAAAAUCUACACGACAACCCCACCAUUCCAUCUCCCGCCGCUCUACCCAUCUCCGCCUCCGCCGCCGGAAAACGCUCCUCCGGCGCCGGCGCCGGCGUGCGGGAUGCGGAGAAGCCUAAUGGCGAAAGGCGUGCAGAAGACGCUAUCAAAGACGUCAAUGCUGGCGAACUUCCUGCCGACGGGGACUCUCAUAAGCUUCGAGAUGGUCCUGCCGUCGGUGUACGGAAAGGGUCAGUGCUCGCACGUGACGACGCACAUGACCUACGCCCUGUUGGCGCUCUGCACCGCCUCCUGCUUCUUCUUCCACUUCACCGACUCCUUCCGCGGCCCCGACGGGAAAGUCUAUUACGGCUUCGUCACGCCGCGCGGCCUCGCCGUCUUCAAGACCGGCCUCGCCGUCCAGGUCCCCGACGACAAGAGGUUCCGCAUGGGGCUGAGCGACUUCGUGCAUGCCCUCAUGUCGGUGCUGGUGUUUGUGGCCAUAGCGCUCUCCGACCAGCGGGUGACUGGGUGCCUCUUCCCCGGCCACACCGCGGAGGUCAGUGAGGUCAUGGAGAGCUUCCCAUUAAUGGUGGGGAUCAUUUGCAGCACCCUUUUUCUGCUCUUUCCCAACACCCGAUUCGGCAUCGGCUGUGGUUCGCCGUAGCUACCCAUACCCAUACACACUU